UUAUUUUAAAUGCACUUUGUUAAAUUGUAAUAUGUCUUCAGUUUCCUCUUCCAAGAAUAUUUCAAUUCAAUAAUAAUAUAAUGCCUGAAGUGGAUAAUAGAGUUAUUGCCCUUGCUAUCUCCAUUGUCAGCGGAAAUAAUUCCCCGACGCAGGCUUCUCGCUUGGUGAGGUCGACCCCUUUGUUGGAUAAAUGCAUGGGUUACAAAAAGGGAUCACAGUGGCAAUCAUUCUAUAGUUUGGGAAUUUUAGUUACACAAUGUCUGUCAACUCACUUUUAACCUUGGACACAGAACCAGCACUGUCUGUUCAAAUUACGCCCAAGAUAGAACCCCCCUCUCCCCCUCCGGAAUCAGAGGACAGCAGCAGUUAUCAUUCAACAAGUAAAGCACCAAGCAAUGAGGAGAUUGAAAAUGCAUUCCACUGCAUUGUCAAAAAGACAGCUGUGUCACCCAGCGAUGCAGUGGAAGGCAGUCUAAAAGUUGUCACCAAGUACAUGUGUAGGUUUUGUGCUCGCCAGUUUGAGUCGGCUGAAGACAUGAAGCAGCAUAUAGCAAGUCACAACCGCCCCGGUCGAGCAUCAAAGCAUGCUUGUUAUGUGUGUGGAAAGACUUAUUCUACUCCAUCCAAACUUCAGCGCCAUGUUCGAGUUCACAGCGGUGAGCGCCCUUACCCCUGCAAUGUUUGCGGAAGACGGUUCACCAGGUCAGACCAUGUUAAACAACAUCUCAAAACGCAUUUGCCGCAGAGGGAAAAGAACAAUUGCCGAAUUUGCAGCACAAAGUUUAAUACACGUCAAGGUCUCUAUAACCAUUUGCAGCAAACGCACAAUAUUGAUAAGAUUUUCACUUGUAGCAAGUGCGGAGAAGCUUUUGAUGACCCAGAAAAGUUGAAGUCCCACAAAGUCAGUCACGAUAAGCUUCAGCAACCUGAAGUGACCGAGUCCGCUGACAUUGAGGGUGCAAUGCUCAUUCCAAAUAGUAUGUCCCCAAAACUUGCUGAGGGUGAGAACUUGAUGGUGAUUGGCUUGGCUAAAUUUAGUUGUAAUACAGAGAUUGUCAGAGAUUUGGAAGAAGAAAUUGACGAUGAUUCAAAUGAUGGCAGAAGUCCUCCAAGAUCAGCUGUAAAGCGAAAGAUUAAUUGGACCAAUGGAAAUGAGGAUGAUAUGGAUACCGAUUCUGCGGAUAAAGUUUUAAAUGAUGCAGGAACCAUUGAUACAGAUGGAACAAUGUAUAUAUCACCAGAGCUUAUGGAAAAGUUUAUAAAGAGUGAACCAGUAGAUGAAUAUGAGGACACUAAUCAGGCACUAGCAAAUCAAGAUGGAUUCCAGAAUGCUGGUAUAUCUGUCCACUCAUCUGACUCUAAGUUUGUGAAAGACAUGUGGCAAAAUAAUGCAGAAUCAGAAGUUGAGGACAAAAAACCAACUGUAGAUGAAAGCGAAACAGCUAUACACUUUAGUACUGGUACUAAAAGUAUUGGCAAUGGGAGAAAGGUGACGGAAAUUAUGGUUUAUCCAAAGACUGGGGCUAAGGUGACCAGCUAUUCCGAACCCAUAACAUCUCAAACUCUAGCUGAUCAAGCCAAGAUAAAAAUAGGCCCAGCCAGCUUCAAGGCUGCCCAACAAAGGAAGAAAAUUCAGAUGAACUAUCCUUAUCCGCGGAACUCAUUCAAACAAAUUGUAAAAACACUGGGCAUGGAUACCAGUGCUGUACAAGUGGAACAAAGGAAGGUUGCUGAGAAAAAACAGGAUUCUUCAGAACCUCCAGCUGCAUUGGCAGGAAAAAGAACGUGGAAGUGUGAACACUGCAGUAUAUAUUUUGAGGACUGUUCCAUGAGUUUGCUUCACAGCGCCCUGCAUGACGCAGAUGAACAAGACCCCUUCACCUGCAGGAAGUGUCUAAAGAAACUCGGAAAUCGUCUGGAAUUCACAGCCCAUUUAAUCUGGCAUUUAGAGCCCUCCAUGGAUGGAUGAUGCAUGAUGUUAGUUGAAGUGGGUUGUAAUAAAUGGCAAUGAAAUGGGUCUAUUGAGAGGGACUUUUUGCAUAAUUUGAACGCUGUUAUAAAAAUUCAAACAUGUAAAUAGAAACAAUCACAAUCUCUAAGUGGAAUCCUUUUUGUCAUGAUAAUUUGUCAGUCAUCUUGCACAUUAACAGGUUUAAAAGUGCAAGUUUUUAAGUUUCCAUUCAUCAUUUUCUAAAUUAUUGCAGAUUUUUUUUAAAUAGAAGAUUUUUUUUUCUGAACUGUUACUUUUUGAUAUACAAUUUUUCACAUUUCAUGUGUUAGAAACAAUGUUAAUUAUACAUUUUGUUGUUAAAAUGUUGUGAUCUUUUUUUUUUUUACACUGUUUGCUUCUACUGUGAUUUGAAUAUAUUUUUGGCACUUUUGAAAUCGUAAAAAAUUGUUUACAAUGUUUGAUAUUUUUGAAAUAGGGACAAGUCUGGUAUUGAGUACUUGUAUUGCCCCUUUUUAAUGCAGUGGAUUCCUGGUUUCAUCGCUAUUUGAUGAACUCCAAUUUUUUGUGGAUUUCAUUGUUACUUUGAUGCAUCUUCAGAUGUACAUGUUCAGUAAGAAGCAAGAUUUUUUUUUCUUUGGUAGGAUCAAUCUCCAUGAUCUAACAUAUCUUCAAAACUAAUUUUCACUAAAUCCAUAAGAAUUAGUAUGAAACCGCAGUAUUUUCAGAAGUUUUAAAUAUUGUGUCAAUUUUUUAUUAUGUAAGAUAAUGAAUUAUAUAGAUAAUAAUGUCUUCAAAUUUAUCUUACUGUAUACUGCGUAUAAACAUGUCUCUACAUAAGUUAUAUAUUGCAAAUUUUUUUUUUUCAUGAAAAUAUUUGAGAAAAAGAUAAAUUAUGAUGGCUGAAUGAAUUUGAAAUAUGAUUUUUUUUUUUAAAUCUUGAAUAAAGGCUUAUUGUUCACAAGCCUGUUUUUAUCUUGUCAUAUAUAAUGUUGGUCUGUACAUAUACAUUUGAUUACUAUCCAUAUAUAUACUUUAUAAUCCCUCGGAGGGUUCAUUGUAGUGGCUCACAGUCAUACAGACUAAGAGUUACCUCUCUUGGAAUAUAUUAUAAAUAUUCACUACC